AUGGACAAGGCUCAGGAACCUCCGAGAAAAUGUUUCUGUGCUAGAUGUUUUCUUCCUAUUGAUCCCGAAGAUAAAGUGGAUAUCGAAGGACAGAGCUUCCACAGGAUCUGCAGCAUGUGUUGCGUUUGUCGAACUAUUCCACCAUCUUUGAAGAUGUUCUACGGCCACGUUUUUUGCAACGACUGUUUCAAGUCCCACGUGCUGUCGAGGUUUCGAGGAGAGAACCCACGAAUGCAUUCCAAUAGUUGGUGGAUGCAAUGGGCGCCCGGGGCGAAGCCUCAAGAAGCAACUUGUGAAAAGGAAAAGGAAGAGAGUAAUAAGGACAAAGAUGAAUCGAAGAAAGGGAGUGCGGAAAGUCCUAAAGAAAAGGAACCAACGAAGAAAUGCAUCUGUGCCCGAUGUUUACAGGCUGUGGAUGACAACGAUAAGGUUGAUGUCGGCGGCCAGCAUUUCCACCCUCAAUGCGCGAAGUGCUAUUUUUGCCACGCGAUUCCUAAGGACAAUCUCAAAAUCUACUACGGGCAAGUGUUCUGCGAAGAGUGCUUUAAUAAGCAUGUCUUGAACCGAAGCAAAGAUAAUCCUUCAGAAUUUUUCAAGAACUGUUUCGAACAGUGGCAGAAUAAUGCCCAAUUUGCUGAGAACAUGCGCGAGUUCCUUGCUGGUAAUAGGGAGAAUGCGCCUUUCAUAUUCAUGAUGCAAGGGCAGCAGCCUCCCUUUUGUAGGUGUGGAACCGGGCCCCAGGAAUGGUUCCAAAGUAAUGAGCCUAAGAAAUGUGCGUAA